UCAGCUCAAUUGACUCACCUCUCUCCAGUCCAGAGCAGAGCUUCAAUAGCUCAAACCCACAAAAAAAAAAAAAAAAAAUGGCUUCGCGCAAUCUCUUCAUCGCUCUUUUCAUUCUUCAAUCGUUCCUAUUCUUAUCUCAGUUCCCGGCCCUACGGGCGGCCCCCAGCUCGAACUUGUUCAGGGAGUACAUAGGCGCGGAGUUCAAGAACGUCCGCUUCUCCGAUGUCCCCAUCCAUAGCGGGGUCGACUUCCACUUCCUCCUCUCCUUUGCCAUCGAUUACGACACCUCAGGCACCUCCCCGACGGAUGGGAAGUUCAAUGUCUUCUGGGAUACGGACAACCUCAGCCCGGAUCAGGUCUCCUCGAUCAAGGGCCAGAAUUCGAAUGUGAAAGUGGGCCUGAGCUUGGGAGGUGACAGCGUGCAGAGCGGCAACGCCUACUUCAACCCUUCGUCGGUCAGUGCUUGGGUAUCCAAUGCCGUAGCUUCCCUCACAUCGAUCAUCCAGAAAUACAACCUUGAUGGGAUAGACAUCGACUAUGAGCACUUCAAGGCGGACCCGGAUACAUUUGCCAAUUGCAUCGGACAGCUCAUAAGCACCCUCAAGAAAAACGGAGUGAUCCAGUUUGCUUCAAUAGCCCCAUUUGCAGAUGACGAUGUCCAGUCGCACUACUUGGCCCUGUGGAGGAAAUACGGGCACAUCAUCGAUUACGUGAACUUCCAAUUCUAUGCUUACGACCAGGGCACCACCGUGUCUCAGUUCCUCGACUACUUCAACAAGCAGACCUCGAACUAUGAUGGCGGGAAGGUCCUGGCAAGCUUCAUCAGCGAUGGGAGCGGCGGACUGACGCCGGAAAAUGGGUUCUUCAAGGCGUGCAGCAGGCUCAAGAGCCAGGGGAAGCUGAACGGGAUAUUCAUCUGGUCGGCGGAUGAUUCAAAGGCAAAUGGAUUUCGAUAUGAGAAGCAAUCGCAGGCACUGUUAGCGUCUGCUCACUAGCUCAAACUUAUGUCAUACGCAUAAUAAUUACCAAGUAAUAAUGAAGAGUGUGUGAGUGCGUGUGUAUUGUGUUGUAUCAUGUAUGCUUCUAUAUGACCAUGAAGAUCUUCAUUAUAGUUUUGGUGCA